AGGAUUCCACACGAGUUCUAUUUCCAGUAGCAGGACGUGGGAGGUACGAAGGGGGAAAUCAACCGCUCUUCCAAACACUGGACAGAAAUGUCUCUGUGCAAAUGGAGUUGCAUCUGCUUUUUGGGUGGACUGAUACUCAUCGGAUGGCCGGCAACAGUGAGUUGUGAAUCUUCGUCAGAAGACAAACAUCCCCCUGGAGUGAAAGAAUGUCGGGUUCACAUUGAGAAAGCUUUGGAGCAGUAUUGGGACAAAAAAGAACCAGAAGAAAUCUCAAAUCCCACCGAAGAAAAUCAUUCAAAUUAUCUUGACGAAAGCAAUUCCAACGAAGAAGAGAAAGAUAGCAGAAUAGAGCAAAAGGAUUCCAGUAAUUUAGAAAGACCGAAUUACAAUAAAGAUCCUAAUGACGAAGAAAAUAACAAUGAUAAAGAAGAAAUUGAUGACAAUGAAGAUAACACUGAUGAUGUAGAAACUGAAGACAAUGAUGAAGAUGACGAUGAUGCAGAAGAUGAAGACAGUGAAAAAGACACCAAUGAUGAUGAUGACGGCAACAUACAAGAUACCGAAAAUAUCAACGAUAAUGCUGAAGAAGAGGAAGCCGAUGAGGAGGAAGAAGCUGAAAAUGACAAUGAAUAUGAAGACAAGGAAAGCAAAAGCGAAGAUGAAGUUAAUAAUAAUGAGGAUGAGGAUGAUGACGAAAAUGAGGAAAAAUCUGAAGAUAGAAACGAUGAUGAACAAGAUAGUGAUGAAAUAGAACCUACUGCAUCUAGCAGAUCAUCUCAAGCAUCCGCAUAUGAUAAUGAAGAUGACACGGACCUGCAUGAAAACGACGAAAAUGAUGGAAUCGAAACGAACUCCAAAGAAGAAACGACCGAAAAUGAAGAAGGUGAUGUGGAUUUAGAUGAAAGUAAAGAAGAUGAAGAAAAUGAUGAAACUGACGAUGAAAACGAUGAAGACGAUGGAGAGGAAAGCGAGAAUAGUGAGGAUGGAAAGGAAGAAGAAAAGGAAAUUGAAAAGAGUUCAUUGGAUGAAUCUGCUAAGAAAGAGAGUGAUACUAUCCCAGAAGAACAUACCGCAGAAAAUGGCAAGGAUAUUGAAAAGGCUCCCGAAGAAGAAACACCCCCUAUGGAGGAAACCGAAGGCACAUCAGAUGCUGAGUCUGAACCAGAAGAGGAGGAAGAUGACUCCAUUGAGAAUAUCUACGAGGAGGAAGAAGAACCUGAACUUCAUUCAUUUCGUAGCAGGGAGCAUAUCGAUGUCAUUUUGGGCAUAGACGAAAUAGGCACAGGGUUGGAGAAGGAGGAAGAGAAACUAGCCCAGUCAGUUUUCAGAGACAUCAAGAAGAUCGAAACAACUCAUAUCAAACCCGUAGAAUUACUGUAUAAAUAUGCAGACAGUACGACACGCGUUCUAGGAGAUGCUGAAAUAUUCAGCAAACCAAUGCUUCUUUUCCUUGGUCCUUGGGGCGCUGGCAAGACUUCGAUCAUCAAUUACCUUUUAGGUUUAGAAAGAACACCGUCAGCUCUCAAAAUAGGCAGUACUGGCAUCACCGACGUUGAUUUCACUCUUUUGACUUAUGGUGCUCAACGACGGAUUGUCAGUGGAACCGAACUGGCAGCUGAUUGGAAGUACGUCGGAGUACAGAAGUUCGGACAAGGAUUUCUUGAUCAUUUCCGAAGCAUCCACAUUCCACACCCCUUGUUGCAGAAAGUCACGAUACUUGAUUCUCCCGGCAUCGCAGAAAACAGAAAGAACACAGAAAGAGGCUAUGCUCUGAAUGCUGCCUUUCAGUGGUUUAUUGAUCGAGCUGAUGCUAUAUACGUGGUACUUGACCCAUCUAAAGUAGACAUCGGUGGAGAACUGGGGUCUGUGAUCGAGCAACUGCAAGGGCAAAAUGUCCGAUUCCUUCUCAACAAAGCCGACAGUAUCCGGCGAAGCGACUUGAUGCGAGUAGUGGGACAACUUUUCUGGAAUUUAUCUCCUUUGCUGGGUGGUGCAGAAGCUCCUCUCAUUUAUGCUGUCUCAUUAACAAGUCACCCAUAUCAUCCUUCUGCGCCAGCCAAAUUUCUUGCGGAUCAAGAAAAGAAUUUUCUUUAUGACAUAAAAAGCACUUUAGAAAAACGAGUGGAAAAUAAAAUAUUAUAUGCCAGAAAACACGCUGUUCGAGUAAGAAAUCAUGCCAAAAUGGUAGAUUGCUACUUAGCUUCCUACUAUAGACAUAAGUCAAUUUUCAGCAACAAAAGAAAUGUUGCAAAACUCAUAACAGAAAAUCCAAAAGAAUAUAACAUUUAUGAUGGACUUACAAGUAUGACCAAUGUUAGUCGAAGUGAUAUACCGAAUCCACUUGCUUAUAAAGAAUUCUUUAAAAUACAUCCUCUUUAUGAUUUCAAACCUCUGGCUUCAACCUGUAGCUAUUUUCGAGGCUGCCCCAUGGAUAAAGUAGAUUUAGCAAUUACAAAGGAAUUUCCAGAACUUUUAGCAAAGUACAAAGAGGCAAAGAGAGCUCUAUAUGGACAACUGGAACAAGAUCGAUGAGUAAAAUAAUUUUUACAAAUGGACUGAAACUUAUCUUCGCAGCAUAAAAAUUCCGUUAAUCACAAGUAGUGGUUCCAGUUUCAAGAAACACUGCAAUUCAAAAAGAGAGUGAUGAGCAGUUAAUAACUGUGUGGAAUACAACAGAAAAGACCAAAUAAUUAAAACAAAUCGUGCAUUCAAUGCAAAGAUAAAAGAAAAGUAAAUUCUUCGCAUGAAACUGUAAAACAAAUUUUUGUAAACAUCUUCAAUAUUCUGUUUACCUCAAGGAGCGAUCGAAAUUAUUUUUCGAACAAUAGUUUUACCCUCAUUCCUUUCAAGAUAGAUUAAUUAAUGCUGUACAAAUAAAAAAAAGUGAAAAUUAAUUUCUAAUAUCAGAAA